UUUGCUUCAUUUGCCGAGAACACGUCGUCCGUAGUGUAUAGUUGGCCGUAUCGUCGCCGUCGCCCGCGACGCAAAUUCGGAACCUGCCAUUGGCCGGCGACAGCAUUCCGACGGCUACCCCCACCACCCCGGCGACUGGGAAAUCUGGAACUGCCGGCGCCUCGACAGCUCUCAAUCCCAGUUGUCCGCGUCUCGACCGUCCGUCGUUUUGAGUUACGGCCGUGCUUUUUUUUUUUUGUUUUGUAUUUAUUUCAUUGUUGUUAUUAUUAUUAUUAUUAAUUAUUAUUAUUAAUAUUAUUAUUAUUACUACUAUUUAUUACUAUUAUAUAUUUAACGUACAAGCCGUCGAGUUCGGGUGUAGUUUUUCUUUUUUUUUUAGAUUUUAAUUUUCUAAUGAUAGUUUUAAAAUAUAAAAUCGCUUUAUCGUCAAAUGGUUCCGGUCAAUUGAUUGUCCCCAUGUGAUCCGCGGUGUUAAAUAUAUAGAUAUAUUAUAUUUACAAGUAUAAUAUAUCUUUCCAUUUCCCGUGGAAAUCGUCUUCGACGUUGUGAGCUAAAUCGUUUUUCUUCAUCGCCGCCACCGUUCUCUACGAGUUGCGGCGGGCGUCGUUGUCCGUGUGUUCUGUUAAAUCAGAUUUCUCACUAUUAAAAAUAAUAAUAAUAUUAAUAAUAUUGGUAUUAACGUGUGUCGCUCAUAAUCUCCGUCGUGCAUUUGUGUUUUCGUGUAUGUGCGACUUUGCUGCUGUUAUGCUGCUUCAGUUUUGCUCAAACAUAGUAUUUCCAUAAUUUAUAAAUAUGAAUAGUAUGGAUGAGCAUAAUCGAAUGAUGCAUCCCAGCGGUACUAUGUUACCUCAACCGUACGGGAUGUCGUCGGUCGAUCCCAAUCACGGGGCUCCUACGCCACCUGAUCAAGAAGCGCGCAAACAAGACAUUGGAGAUAUCCUGCAACAAAUAAUGAAUAUCACCGACCAAUCCUUGGAUGAAGCUCAAGCUAGGAAACACACACUUAACUGUCACCGAAUGAAACCUUCGUUAUUCAGUGUCCUUUGUGAAAUUAAAGAAAAAACUGUUUUGAGUCUGCGGAAUACACAAGAAGAAGAGCCGCCGGAUCCACAGUUGAUGAGGUUAGACAAUAUGUUAAUCGCCGAAGGUGUGGCGGGACCAGAAAAGGGAGGCGGCGCGGGAGCUGCUGCCAGUGCAUCGGCUGCGGCUUCGGGCGGUCCCGGACAACCAGACAACGCCAUCGAGCAUUCUGAUUAUAGAGCAAAACUAGCGCAGAUCAGGCAGAUCUAUCACCAAGAACUGGAGAAAUACGAACAGGCCUGCAACGAAUUCACUACCCACGUUAUGAAUCUGUUACGGGAACAGUCCAGGACGCGGCCGAUCACUCCCAAAGAGAUCGAACGGAUGGUGCAGAUAAUUCAUAAAAAAUUCUCUUCCAUACAAAUGCAGCUGAAGCAGAGCACGUGCGAGGCGGUUAUGAUACUCAGAUCUAGAUUUUUGGACGCCAGACGGAAAAGGCGCAACUUUAGCAAACAGGCUUCCGAAAUAUUAAACGAGUAUUUUUAUUCACACCUAAGCAAUCCGUACCCGUCCGAAGAGGCCAAGGAAGAACUGGCGAGGAAGUGUAGCAUAACCGUGUCUCAGGUGUCCAAUUGGUUCGGCAACAAGCGGAUUCGGUACAAAAAGAACAUUGGAAAAGCGCAAGAAGAAGCCAACUUAUACGCCGCUAAAAAAGCCGCCGGUGCUUCGCCUUACAGCAUGGGCCCGGCCUCGCAGGGAACGCCGACUCCCCUGUUGUCACCCGCGCCCGGAGGCGGUCCCCAAGACAGCAUGGGCUACAGCCUGAGUCUAAACGGCGCCGAAUACAGUUCUCCCAUGUCCGGAUCGCAGGCGCAGUAUUCCGACGGAAGCCUUGGAUACGAUCCGAUGGGACACCAGGCGAUGCCCAAAAACUCUGGUUCGCCGUCUACCGGAUGGAAUUCCAGUCACGAAUACCAGGCCCACGGCAUGCACGACGAUAGUGAAGACUCGUCUGAUGACGUUGACAUAAAACGCCCUAAAAUGUCUUAAGCACAUUUUUAACAACUUUUUUUUUUUUGUUCAUGUGUAAUUUUUUUUUCGUCUUAUUAAUAACUAAAUUUGUUCAUUUUUUAUAUAUAAAUAUUAUAUAUUAAUAUAUAUAUACAUUGCUUAACUUAAUUUUAAGGCGUACGUAUUCGAUCGAAGCAUAACUACAAUAAUACUUGCGUCGGCCAAUUUGCCGGUUAUUACAAUGUUUGUGUUUGUGUGUUUGAAUGUUCUCUUAUGUAAAUUAUUAUAUAAACGGCGCCAGCACAUACCGUCUCGUUUUAACUAAUAACGAUUAUAUUAUUAUAUUAUGGAUCUACUGUAAUAACGAAAGCGAAAGACUUAGGACUUUGGCAUAUGUCGGGUUUUCUGAAUCCUCGGCGCCAAAAAAAAACAUCCACACGUGUAAGGAGUAUUGUAAUGUAUGUUUAUAAUAUAUAAUUGAUUUUAGCCUAUUUUGAGAUUACCAUAUUACUGAAUUUCUCAUUCGGUAUAUACGAAACUAUAUUUUAGUAUCUUAUUAUUGUGUAAUUAUAAUAUAAUAUUGUGUAUUGAUAAAAAAAAAAAAUUUGAUUAAAUUGAGCUUUGAACGUUAAUCGUUCAUUAUUGAAACUUUGGUAUACGUAUAUUGUGCACAUCACCAGAUUUAUUUAGUAAUUUAUAUAGAAAAAAUAAUAAUAAUAAAAUAUUACUUAUUAUUGUUGUUGAUUAUGUUUACACUCACGUUUUUUCUACUAUCUGUGAUCUCAAAGGAAAAUCAACACAUACAUCAAAAUCGAGUACAAUCAUGUUCAGUGUUUUUCUCCUUUUUUCACCCAAGUAUACGAUAUACACACGGUAAUAUUUUAAUUUUUUUUUUUCGUAUUUAAUAUAAUAUGUUGAUAUUAAAAGAAAAUAAUGAUUCAUUGAAAAUCUUGGAAAUUAAUAAUUUUACAUUGAUUUUUGUUAAAGACAAAUUAUUUAGUAUUUUUAAUUGUAUUAAACAAAUUUUAAGGUAGUGUAUUUUUUAAGCCACCAUGACUAAAAAAAUUGUAACCCGUAAAAAACAUUUAAAACAAAAUUACUAUUACUUUCUUUAACAAAAAAAAGGAAGAUAAUAACAUUAUAAUGUAUACGAUAUUUGUAAGGUUUAUUGUUGUCUGAAAUGUGCAUUUUUGAUUAUAUAUAUUUUUUUCAUUCUUAAUUUUCUCUUCUUUUUUUACGCUAUGUUUGUACGCUUUUUAUAGUAAUACUAAUAAUUAAAAUUACCUUUUAUUAUAGUAUAUUAUCUGUUUUCCCUUCCAAUGACCAAAUUUUAUUUGGUAAAAAAAAUCAGAUUUUUUACUUUCUUCAUAUUAAAUGUAAAAGAAAGUUGAUCCAAAGUCCAGUUUCAUUCUUAUACAAAAACAUUUUCGUCACCAAUAAUCUUUAACCUCAACUCAUGAUUGUUGGGCUCGAUUAAUUAAUAACUACCUCUUAAUAUAGUAUUGUAUUCAAUUUCUCGACUGCUAAUGAUAUUACUUUAGUAUUUGUCAAUGUUAAUUUUUUUUUUUGUCUUGUAAACUAUAUGGACUAGAUGUUGUAUUAUUAUUUUAAUUACAUAAAUUUAGUACUUGUGCAAUUUCUAUAUACAAUUUAAAAACAAUAUACAUUUUUGUAUUAUACUCAGUAGAAUAGAGAAUUUUGUUUCCAGAAUCCUAUAUUAGAUUUAUUUUAAUUAUUAUUGUUCGUAAUGACUGAAGUAAAAAAUAAUUGUUCGAGUCAAUUUUAAACUCCCCACCCCCCUUAAAAAUGCAUUAGAUUCCACUUUUUCUUUCAAUAAUUUACUACUAAUUUGGAUAAUAGAAAAAAUACAUGUUUCUCUAUUCUAAGCCCUAACGCCUUUAAUCCUAUUACUUAUAAUUAAAAAUUAAAUUACUAUUGUAUACGAUUUAAGUUUAUAAUAAAUAUUUAAACCAAAAUGUAGAAAACUCUUUUCAUGGACUAUAAUUACAAUUUAAA